GGCGGAGAAGAGGAGUGACUGCUCAGACUUCCGGGGGGGGACCAUGCACUUGUAGCGAGACGUCGACUCGGCACCGCGUUAACCGGAACAAGUGGGAGCUUCGCUGACCGUCGAUCGUUGAGAGCCUUUCCUCCUCUUCCCAUGAGUGCUGCGGGUGUGCUCCAGUCGUUCAGCCCAUCAGCCAUGCCAGGCCCAGUGAUGCCGAUGGAUGUGGCCAUGCGUUUCUACAUCAGCCACUCCCCCCCUCCCCUACGUGGCUUUCUCAGCUCUUAUGAGGACUUGCAGAGGGCCAAGAACCAGAGCCAGAACCACAGGAACCGCCAGCAGUUCUACAAGCCCUUGAGGCCCUGCCUCAGCAGCCAUCAGAAGGCUGCAGACGACAGAGGCUGCGUGGAAUGGAGCAAAACCAAGGCCUCCACCACCAACAAGAAGAGAGUGGUAUUUGCCGAUUCCAAGGGAAUGUCGCUUACUGCCAUCCACAUCUUCUCCAAGUUUGACGAUGAGCCGUGCCGCAAUCGGGGCUGCAGUGGCAUCACGGAGGAGCUGCAGUUUGACAUGUCAGACCUGGAGAGCGCCACCAUGGACCUAAAGAUCAGCUCGGUCCGCAGCCUGGCACUGGACUUUAAGCAACCCUCCGCGGACUACCUAGACUUCCGCAACCGCCUGAUAAAGAACUCUGUCUGCCUGGAGAACUGUUCCCUGCAGGAACGCUCGCUGACCGGCACCGUCAAGGUCCGCAAUGUUGGGUUUGAGAAGUCUGUGCAAAUCCGCACCACAUUUGAUACGUGGGCUAGCUACACCAAUGUUAACUGCACCUUCAUGAAUAACAUCUACGGUUGCCAGGAUACCGACACUUUUGCAUUUGUCCUGGAACUGCCCACCAACGUGCCACCGCACCACGGGGUAGAGUUCUGUGUUUGCUUCACAGCCCAGGGCCAGAUGUACUGGGACAAUAACGAUGGCAAGAACUACAAACUCAAACACGUUGGCUGGAAUGGAGAAGACCUAAACUCUGUUACUCUGCCCAUGACCGCCGUUGAUGGGAAGAAACCAUGUGAGCAGAAGAAUGGGGGGAUGAGGCUGCUGGAGAUGGAAUUUGAUCAGUUCGGCAGCCCCCGCAUGUCCAGUGGACUCUUCCCUGGCUGGCAGAGCUGGGGUCAGAUUGAUAACAGUGUGCCUUAUUGGUGAGAGGAUCAGGAAGUGAGAUGAAAUGAAAGAAGAUGCUGAUUGGGCAUUCAAAAUAAAAACAGAUGUGGGCUUGAGUUGGGAUGGACUGGAAGCCAGAGACUGAAAUGUUGAAGGUACAGAGUGUUCAAGCCCUUCAAAAGUUUUGCCAGGAGGAUGCGCACUUCCCAGACAGAAACUUCACUGUAAUUUGGUCACUUUGAUGCAAAAUGGCCACUUGACCCACAAGCUGGUAAAAUGUGGACUUUUCAUCUGCAAGAUAAUGGCAAACUUUGAUUUGGAGAGAGCUCUUUGGGGAACUCUGUCAUGUUUUCAAAAUACCGCUCUAAGUGCAGAGGUACCUUCUCAAACUGUCUGUUUCGAAUCCCCACUGAAUCACAUACUUCAGAAUACAGUCCAUGGCCAAUGUAAGCCCCUUUUUGAGGGCCCCCCCCAAAAAUUGUGUGGAUAUGAACUGAUUGAAACAGCUCCCUCUUGAUGUGAUAUCUGCAAACUCAAAUGGUGGAAAUGGCUUUGGUGUUGAGUCCUUCAUAUUGAAGGGAAAGUACAGAGAAGGCAUGGCACCUCUCCACCAUAAAGCAAUAGGAGUUAUUAUCUUUGAAUCGAAAAUGCAUACCUUUGCACGAAGGGAAAACAUCAUUCAAAAAUGGCCUAUAUACUUUUAAUUUCCCCUUGUUUAUCGUGUGCAUGUACAUUCUAAGUAUUUGAUGCAAUACGCGUGGAUGAUCUAAUUAAAAGGUAACUUUCAGUGUAGAGGCACAAACAGGAAGCCGAGCUGACGUCAUCAGUUGUGCCAUUAGGGAGAAUCUGUAUGUUACUGGCUGUCUUGACACUUGGAAGAACCAUGUACAUUAAUGGGGUUUUAGUUAUGUCAGUGAUGAAGUGAAUGAGAUUUUUUUUGUUUUUUUUUACCCCUGCUGAGUUCAUUGAAAUGAUGGCAAAAAUAUGAAUGUUAUCUUUUUGUUUUCACAAGUGCAAUUCUGUGAUGGGAAUAUGGGUGGUGCUGGUAUUAAGCCUGAAAAUGAGAUUUUUCUUACUGUGAAGUAGGGUCUGUGCCUCAAUGUAUGUGUCUCACUCAAAACGGUUUGUCUGUGCACAUACACAACUGUUUGUGUGUGUGUGUCGAACUAUGCAUUGCCUUUUCAGAAAUAAAUUUCUAUAUUUUUG